GACACUUCGGAGAGUCGACAGUAUUCCGGGCUUGGGCUUGGCCUGUCCAUCAGCCGCGAGGUAGUCCGGAAGCACGGUGGCGACUUGGUCGUGGAGUCCGAGCAAGGCGUGGGCUCCACCUUCCGUGUCUCCUUGCCCUAUAAGAUGAAGUCUCAAGACAUGGACGAGGAGGAGGAAGAGGAGAACUCUACGUUAACGGCCGAGACGGUCGCAGUCCGGGGCGGCUCGAUGAGCCAGAGGAGCCACGAAAGCCAGAAGUCAGGGACUCGCCGACGGAAGAAGACCCCGGAUCUUGCAAGCAAGGAGCCAGAAACUGCAGAAAGACAUUUCACGGCGCGGAGCAACAACGCUGCUUCAGAAUGCAGUCUGGAAACGGCGACCAUGAGCCACGCCUUCUCCGUAACAGAGGCCGAUGGGGGCCCGACCAUCCUCUGCGUGGAUGAUGAUCCGGUCCACCUCGAGGUGGUCCGGUCUUUGUUGAAUCAACACGCAAUGAAGGUCUAUGCUGCUGCUGACGGGGAGCAAGCCGUGCAGUUCUUGAAGAUGCGAAGCGUGCAACUAGUGAUGCUGGAUGUUAUGAUGCCUGGCAUGAGUGGCCAACGGGUGCUGCGAUCUGUUCGCAAAUUGUACACCCCAGAGCAGCUCCCAAUCAUCAUCGUGAGUGCGGUGUGCAGACAGGAGACCGUGUCCGAAUUUGCGAAGCUGGGUGCGAACGAUUAUAUCAUGAAGCCCUUUGGUAGGGCCGAGCUGCUGGAGCACGUCCAGCUGCAUCUCAGCAAAGCCACUCAAGCACGUGCCUCCCGCAAAGCACGUGAGCUGAAGGGCAUUGAAGAGCUAGCUUCAUCAUCCACAUCGACUGCGCUGGAGGAACAACAGACUGCAGUCCACGUGCUGGCCAGGGAAAUGGAGCGCAUACGGUCAGAUCGAGAUGAAGCCGUGGAGCGGGCUCAAGCCUUGCAGAAGCAGGUGGAGGCUCUGGAAACAGAGCUCCAGAACAAAAAGGACACCUUGCUCUCAGAGGAGCAGCUCAAGUUUUUACAGACAUGCUACACUCGGCAACAG